AUGGAACUCCUCGGUGAUACCAGCCUGGGGGGGCUCCUGCUUAAUCCUGACCCUCCGGGCUCUUUCUUCGGUGAACCUCCGACGGGUGGAAGCCUAAAUAACGACGACGGUGAUGACACCCGUAAAACUGGCAGCGUUGCUCGCUGCUCGCUGCUCCGCGCCCUGGUAACGGCGGCCCCCGGCGGGCGGGAGGACGUGCGGGGCCGCCCGUCGCGGCUGUUUCCGUGUUGCCCGUCCGGGCAGGCGCGGCAGGAGCUGGCGGCCGAGGAGCGGCUGCUCCGCGGCGCGGCCCCGACGGUGCCCCGCGACGGCAAGCGGGAGGCGGCGGGGGAGCGGCUGGUGCUGCUGGAGCUGCGCCGCUGCGGGCGGCCGCCGUCCCCCGGCCCCGGCGAGCGGCAGGAGGAGGGGGAGGAGGAGGAAGAAGAGGGGGAGGCGGCGGCGGGCGAAGAUUGUUGCGGCAAGUGCAAGAAGCGGGUGCAGUUCGCCGACUCGCUGGGGCUGAGCCUCGCCAGCGUCAAGCACUUCAGCGACGCCGAGGAGCCGCAGGUGCCGCCCGCCGCGCUGUCGCACCUGCAGAGCCCGCCGGGCGAGGAGCGGGACCCUCCGCCGCCCGGCGCCGACCUGCCGCCGCCCGCGCUGCUCCUGGUGCCCGACUUCCCCGACGGCGGGGAGCCCAGCGCCGAGCGGCUGCGGCGGCAGCGCGUCUGCCUGGAGCGCCUGGGGCGGCCCGCGGCGCCCACCGACGUGCGGGGCACGGUGCAAGUGCUGGGCGGCCCCGGCCCCAGGGAGGUGACGGUGCGCUACACCUUCAACGAGUGGCUCUCCUUCGUGGACGUCCCGGCCGCGCCCCUGCCCCCCGAGCCGCCGGCCGAGCGCUACGGCUUCACCCUGUGCGUCCCGCCGAGCCUGCGGGAGGGCUCGGCCCUGCACUUCGCCAUCCGCUACCGCAGCCCGCAGGGCGAGUUCUGGGACAACAACGGCGGCCGCAACUACACGCUGCGCUGCUGCGGCUGCCCCGGGGCCGGCCCCGCCGCCGCCCCGCCGGCCCCCGCCGCACCCCGCUACUGACCGGCCGGGCGAGGGGAGCCCAGGGGACACGGCCGGGCAGGGACGGGGGCAGGCGGCCGCACCCCGCGCCCGGAGUGAGGCCCGGCUCGGCAGGGAGAC